GCGUGUGCGCGUGCGCGCGGGCGAGUUUUGGAGGGUUGUCCUCCGCUAGCUUCACAUCUGGCCAAACAGAUGUUGCUAGCCGUUGUGCUUCCUUCCGCGCUGUCAUUGUUUCCGCUUCCACCGCAGAGGAGCCUCGUUUGGUCUCUCUCUUUGCCUUUUUUGCCUCUUUCACUUUUGUCUUGUGGCCGCCGCCGCCACCGCCAUGGGAGACCUGGAAGCUCCCGAGUCGAGGCAGCCGAGCCGCAGCGUGCUGCAGUCGGUCCUCCCCAGCAGAGAGUUCGUCUCCUCCAGGAAAGGAAUGUUGCUCAUCGCUGAAGUGGCGCUGUCCUUUGUGGAUUUUGUUUGCUUCGCCGCGUCCACGGCGGCCGCCUUCGUGACGGUUCCGCUGCUGGAGUUCCUGGCCGCUCUCUUCCUGCUCUUCGCCUACUCCACCAAAUUCAACCAGAGGUUUAAAGGCUUCCUGUGGCCUCUGAUGGAUUUUAUGAGAUGCGUGACUGCUGCCAUCAUCUAUUUCAUCAUUUCCAUCAUCGCCGUAUCCAAAUAUACGGACGGUUCCUCCAAAGCUGCCGGGGUUUUUGGCUUCAUCGCUACCAUUGCCUUCGCUUUGGAUUUUUAUCUCAUUUUUAACGAGCUGGCCAAUUUCCUGAAGCAAGGCGGAGAAACCACCGAGGAGCCUUCCAAACGGCAAGAUGAAUGUUCAGACUCCGACUCGGACUGAGAUUGCCCACCAUUUGGAGUCCUCGAGCCCAGGAGACACGGCCGCAGCUCGCCGUGGAACAUUUCGACCGAGUUGAGCUCCGAACGUGAAAAAGCCGUCUGUUGUUUUGGAGUCUCAUGCCAAAUGGAGUUUUGAGCAUGUGAAGCGUUGACAGAUUUAUGAAAAAAAAAAAGACAUUUUAUUUGUUUAUCUUUUCCAAUAUUGUGUAAGAAUUUGUUGAAAAGAAACGCUACUAUGUUUGUCGAAAUGGGGUCAAUGAAGAAGCUGAAGUGAAAAUCAGAGUUCAACCCCCAAACUCAUAAUACAUUCAUUCAUUCAUUCAUUCAUUCAUUCAUUCAUUCAUUCAUUCAUUCAUUCAUUCAUUCAUUCAUUCACACAUUCAUUCAUUCACACAUUCACUCAUUCAUUCAUACAUUCAUUCAUUCAUACAUUCAUUCAUUCAUACAUACAUACAUACAUACAUACAUACAUACAUACAUACAUACAUACAUACAUACAUACAUACAUACAUACAUUCAUACAUUCAUACAUUCAUUCAUACAUUCAUACAUACAAACUCCACUAACCCUCGAGACGUGAUGCAGGUUGGCUGGUUUCAACCAUUGUACAUUUCUGCUUCAUUGUGUGUGUGUGUGUGUGUGUGUGUUUUGUAUUUGUUGACUUCACUGCUGCUGUUAGUGUCCCUUUUCCAGGUUGUUCUAUGUUGUUGUUCCAGUCACUAUCAAGUGUGUGUGAAUGGGAAUGAAUCAUUGCCAGUGCCUUAUGUUGCUCUGUUUUAUUAUUAUUUUUUUAUCUGUAUUGAGUUUGUAUGUCCUCCCUUCUACUUCCACCAUUGAGGAAUAAGAGGUGCAAACAAAGCCACAGUGAAUAUGGUCAUAACACCAAAUCUGUAAUCUAUAAGUGAUAAGUGAUCUAUACAUUGGGUUAAUGAACACAAUUUGUCAUUUGUCUCCGGCAAGCGGCACAUAUCGUCGUUUUUAUGAUGUUCACGUUACUGUGGAUCGAUCAGGCAAUCUUUUUGCCCGCUUUGUCACACACACAUUUACUCUAUGUAUAACAAUAAAGUCACUGGAUUUUA